CAUGUUUUUUCAACUUGCAUGUGUGGUUUGAACGUGUGAAAGAAUUUGUGUGUGGUGUGUUCUGGAGUUUGGGAAUGUGUUUUGUGUUAUUCUGUCUGAGCAGGUUUUUUGUGAUGAUAGAUCUUGAGAAGAUCUUUCCGACGCAACAAGAAUCCCUUCAAUCGGAGCAAGAACGCGAAAGCUAUGAAGAUUCAAAGUUCAUGAGCUUGCGUUACAAUUGCGGCGGUUACAAAGUGAAGUUGUGGGGUGACUCUAUAUGGAGUUGGGACCUUUGGGGGUUGGGGAAACUUGUCACUCUACUGUAACAGCUGCAAAUAGGUUGGGAACAACCAAGCUAGGUUGGCAAGGGUGGCCAACUUGGAUGGAUUGGUUGGGAAGGGACAAAGGUCAAAGUUGAGGUUCCUAUAGGGAGGGAAUCUUUGUGCUUAUGGGGUUUCCUUGGUUGGGGACUCUCUUGGGACCUUCCCUCUCAUCCAUCUCUUCCUAUCCCAACCUUUCUCUUGCUCCUUCUAAUUCCUUGUGAGAUUCUUGAACUUUGAUUGAACUCUUGAGAUUGAGAUAAGUUCUCCUCCUACAGCUUACCCCCUAGUGCGUCGAAAGCCAUAGCGUCGCGAAUACUUCAUCAAUCAACGUGAUUCAAAUUGAGAACGGUAGCUGAGAUUAAGAGCUACAACAUAUUGGAGUUUCGCGAUAUUCCAACGGCUAGUUUUUUGUCGACGUCGUUUCUUGUGAAGACGACUUUUCUGUCCAGAAUUUCGGAUUUAUAUUUUGAGUAAUUCUAGCUCCUAAGUUCACCUAGACUCCGUCCUUAAUACUAACAAGUGGUAUCAGAGCAAUAUUGAGGACAUUGAGAGGAGUCUACAGAAGUGUGAAGACCCUUCUAGACCCACCAUGGCCUGUGGGCGUGCCUAAGUGGUGUUCUAAAGGUUGGAUGUGACUUCCGCUAAGGGGAAACUCUGCCGAAAUUUCGUGGACGCCGACACUUGUGAAAAUAUCGAGGGAGCUGAGUGUGGACAGCAAAGGGGAGCUGAAAUUCGUCAUUUCUCAAGGAGAAGAUGAAUGAGAGAGGAGGAGAUGCUAAUGGAAGAGGAGCUGUAGCUGAGAAGACAACAAGAUCAAUGGACACCUGAGUGGCUAAGGCAGCAGAUUAUGCAGGAGGACUUCCGCAGACGCCAUGUGGGAGGCGGUGCUGCCACUAAGACUGCUGAGGGGUAUGGAGCUGCAGGGCGCGGCAGAGGAAGAGGGGGUUGGAGAGGCCGAGGCCGUGGGAGAAGCUUUGGCACAGGUAGAGGCCGAGGUGACUAUAAUGAGGGGCAUGGAAGCUCCAGUGGCAGGGGGAGUACCAGAAUGGAGGGCACCUGCUGGUACUGCAAGAAGGUCGGGCAUCCUUGGUUCAAGUGCUUCAGCAGGCCGGAGGGAUGGUCACCUCCAGGCAUGAAGCCGCCAAGUGGUGAACGCGCACAAGGUGGCGCUGUGCAAGGCUCAGGUGCACAAGUUGAAGGUGCACAAGGUAACGCCUAUCCUGGGAUGUAUCUCAUGGUUGAGGAUGUGCAUGGGCAUGAGGGUGAUGUGGGAUCUGUGGGAAAGGUUGUGAUGCACCCUCUCACGCACUGGGUGAUUGAUUCGGGUUGCACCAGUCACAUGACUCCACGGGCAGAUUUGCUUGAUGAGGUAAAACCCCCUGGGAAGAUUAAGUAUGUGGCAGCAGCGUCAGGUGCUUUGCUCCCCGUAAUUGGUGUUGGGAAUGCCAAGGUUAAGGGAGCUAAUGGGGAGCUUGUGGGGCUUGGGAAUGUUCUGCUGGUUAAAGGCUUGUCUGCUAACCUUCUCUCUGUGCGGCGACUGCAGAAGACAGCAACGGCAGCAGCGGCAAAGGCAACAGCAGGAGGAGAUGCAACUGCACCAACUGAUGGGGUCCUGGAAGCAGUCAAGAAAGUGCAGCAGCAGCAGACACAUGGUGAGGUGCUUGCUGGUGUGGAUGCAAGUGCGGCAUGGGCUAAGGCUUCAUCAAGGAGUGGAGAGGCCGAUUGGGAGACAUGGCAUGAGAGGCUGUGUCAUGUGAACUUCCCUAUGCUGCAGAAGUUGGUGAAGGAUGGGAGCCUGAAAGGAUUGGAGGUAAAGGGGGGAUUGAAGGAGAUUGGGAGCUGCCCUACAUGCUUGGAGACCAAGUUCUCCAAGUUCCCCUUCAACAGCACUACAGGACCAGCCAAGACCCCACUUGCACUUGUGCACAUGGAUGUGGUGGGGCCCACAAGAGCCCCUUCCCUCUCAGGCAGCCGCUAUUUCUUGACAAUUGUAGAUGACCACACUCGGGCAGUGUGGGUUUACCCUUUGAAGAGCAAGGGGGAGGUGGCAGCGGCUGUCCUUAAGGAGUGGAUGCCGAGAGCUCAGAGGGAAUGCGGACACAAGGUGAAGGUGAUCCGCAGUGACAAUGGUGGGGAGUUCAUUGGAGCUGAUUUUGAGGGGGAGUUGAAGAGGAAGGGGAUCCAGCAUCAACUGACAGUGCCCUACAACCCACAGCAGAAUGGCGUGGCUGAGAGGUUCAACAGGACCCUGCAGGAGGGGGCACGCACUCUCCUUGGGCGUGCAGGGCUGCCUGAUCCGUUUUGGGUGUCUGCACUGAGGCAGGUCGCCCUUGUGAAGAAUAGGGUGCUGGCUACAGUUGGAGAUAAGGAGUGGAUCCCAUAUGUCAAGUGGUAUGGGAGUGCUCCAGCGGUGAACAUGCUGAGGGCAUUUGGGUGCAUGGUGGUGUUUCAUGUGCCCAAGGAGAAAAGGGGGAAGUUGGAGGCUUCUGGAAGAUGGGGUGUGCACUUGGGGAUUGCAAAGGAUCACAAAGCAUGGUUGCUAUGGGACUUGACCACCCAGAAGCUGACAGUUGCGGCAUGGGCUAAGGCUUCAUCAAGGAGUGGAGAGGCCGAUUGGGAGACAUGGCAUGAGAGGCUGUGUCAUGUGAACUUCCCUAUGCUGCAGAAGUUGGUGAAGGAUGGGAGCCUGAAAGGAUUGGAGGUAAAGGGGGGAUUGAAGGAGAUUGGGAGCUGCCCUACAUGCUUGGAGACCAAGUUCUCCAAGUUCCCCUUCAACAGCACUACAGGACCAGCCAAGACCCCACUUGCACUUGUGCACAUGGAUGUGGUGGGGCCCACAAGAGCCCCUUCCCUCUCAGGCAGCCGCUAUUUCUUGACAAUUGUGGAUGACCACACUCGGGCAGUGUGGGUUUACCCUUUGAAGAGCAAGGGGGAGGUGGCAGCGGCUGUCCUUAAGGAGUGGAUGCCGAGAGCUCAGAGGGAAUGCGGACACAAAGUGAAGGUGAUCCGCAGUGACAAUGGUGGGGAGUUCAUUGGAGCUGAUUUUGAGGGGGAGUUGAAGAGGAAGGGGAUCCAGCAUCAACUGACAGUGCCCUACAACCCACAGCAGAAUGGCGUCGCCCUUGUGAAGAAUAGGGUGCUGGCUACAGUUGGAGAUAAGGAGUGGAUCCCAUAUGUCAAGUGGUAUGGGAGUGCUCCAGCGGUGAACAUGCUGAGGGCAUUUGGGUGCAUGGUGGUGUUUCAUGUGCCCAAGGAGAAAAGGGGGAAGUUGGAGGCUUCUGGAAGAUGGGGUGUGCACUUGGGGAUUGCAAAGGAUCACAAAGCAUGGUUGCUAUGGGACUUGACCACCCAGAAUCUGACAGUGUCAAGGGAUGUGAAGUUUCUUGAGUCCCUGUACUACAAGGAAUGGAAGCAGCAGCAACAGAAGCUUCCAUCUACACCGCUCGUUGAGGUAGAUGAGGUGCAGCGGCCUUCAAGACAGGUGGAGGUUGCAGUGUCUGAGGAGGAGAUGUCUGGGGUGACUGAGGAAGGGGGAGCAGCUGAAGUGGAGCAGCAACAGCAGCAACAUGAGUCUCCACCUCGAGUUCCACACCCGCCUGAGCGUCCUAGGAGGGAUGUGCGCCCUCCUGUGAGGCUGACCUAUGGGGGAAGAGGCAAGCCGAAUGUGGUGCAGGCUGGGAGUGUGGUUGAGCAGAUUGAGGAAGAUGAGAUCGCUCACUGCUACUGGGCACCAAUCCCUGAGUACAUGGCCUUACACCAUGGGGCCAAGGAAGUGGUAUGGCUAAGGCGUUUGUUGGAGGAGUUGGGAGUUGGUCAGGAGGAGCCGACAGUUGUGUUCUGUGACAAUGAGUCUGCAGUGAAGCUCGCCAAGAAUGCUUGUCUGCAUGGGCUGACAAAACACAUAAGGCCUAAGUGGCAUUGGGUGAGGAGACUCCUUGAUAAGGAGGUGCGGCUGGAGAUAGUGAAGACCCAUCAGCAGGCAGCAGAUAUUUUCACCAAGCGUCUGGCGGAGGCGGAUCAUUGGAAGGGCAUGAAGCUUGCUGGGAUGAGUGUGCAUUGAGUAUGCAUGCUUGAGAUGUGGUAUGGUCGAUGAUGGUUGGCAGCCAGAGGGGGAGAUUGUUGUGUGAUGUCAUCAUAUGCUAUCACAUUCUGUCUGCCUCCCAUCCCAUGUUUUUUCAACUUGCAUGUGUGGUUUGAACGUGUGAAAGAAUUUGUGUGUGGUGUGUUCUGGAGUUUGGGAAUGUGUUUUGUGUUAUUCUGUCUGAGCAGGUUUUUUGUGAUGAUAGAUCUUGAGAAGAUCUUUCCGACGCAACAAGAAUCGCUUCAAUCGGAGCAAGAACGCGAAAGCUAUGAAGAUUCAAAGUUCAUGAGCUUGCGUUACAAUUGCGGCGGUUACAAAGUGAAGUUGUGGGGUGACUUUAUAUGGAGUUGGGACCUUUGGGGGUUGGGGAAACUUGUCACUCUACUGUAACAGCUGCAAAUUGGUUGGGAACAACCAAGCUAGGUUGGCAAGGGUGGCCAACUUGGAUGGAUUGGUUGGGAAGGGACAAAGGUCAAAGUUGAGGUUCCUAUAGGGAGGGAAUCUUUGUGCUUAUGGGGUUUCCUUGGUUGGGGACUCUCUUGGGACCUUCCCUCUCAUCCAUCUCUUCCUAUCCCAACCUUUCUCUUGCUCCUUCUAAUUCCUUGUGAGAUUCUUGAACUUUGAUUGAACUCUUGAGAUUGAGAUAAGUUCUCCUCCUACAGCUUACCCCCUAGUGCGUCGAAAGCCAUAGCGUCGCGAAUACUUCAUCA